AUGUGCUUCGCUAACUCUUCCAGACAUAAACUCCACGAAAUCACUCAAGAAACCCCUCAAGAAACUCAAGACGGUGUUGAAAACUACGACGAAAUUUUCCUCGGUGAAUUAAACAAGCCUAACGGAAACGAAAUACUCACUGGCAUUAAAGUAAACAACAAAGUCAUCAGCUUCAAAAUCGACACUGGCGCUCAGUGUAAUAUAAUGCCACUCAACGUGUUCACUUCACUAAACGACAAACCAACUCUUCACCAGACAAACACCAAAAUAAAGGCCUACGGAGGAACCCAAGUACGAAUUCGUGGUAAAUGCUACAAGAACAUCGAACACAACAACAAGAAAAUUCAUAGCGAAUUCUACGUCGUUGAAAUCGACAACUCGAAGCCACUGAUUGGUCUACAAACAUGCCGUGACCUCGACCUCAUUAGCAUAAAUGAUGUCUGUGAAAUUCACCAAGCCGAACAAAACAUUUUCGUAGAGUAUCAAGAUGUUUUCAAAGGUAUUGUCCUCGUCAAUGGUCAAUACCACAUCGAAAUUAAAAGUGAUGCUAAACCUACAAUUCAUCCAUCAAGAAAAGUCCCACUGAGUUUAAUGCCACGCUUGAAAUCAACACUAGAAAAUCUCACGGAGACAGGAAUUAUCAGCAAAGUUGACCGAGCUACAGACUGGGUAAACAGCCUGGUCAUAGUAGAAAAAAGAAAUGGACUGCUACGACUGUGCCUAGAUCCCAAACAUCUAAAUCAAGCCAUCAAAAGAGAGUACUACAACCCACCGUCAGCCGAAGAAAUCUCAAAUAAACUCAAUGGCACUGAGUUGUUCACUGUAAUUGACAUGACAAGCUGCUACUGGCACAAGAAACUUGACGAAGAAUCUUCUUACCUUUGCACAUUCAACACUCCAUUUGGGAGAUAUAAAUUUAACCGGAUGCUAUUUGGAAUCUGUUCAGCAUCUGACGUCGCGCAGAAAAUGGUUGAUGAAUAA